CGUUUCCCAUGAUGCUGCGCAGCACCGCGCGUUCUUAUUGGGUGUAUUUGAAAAAGUGCCGCGACGUAGGCUGCAGCGGUCCGGCCGGGCCGGGGCGGCUCGCGCGGUUUUUGCAGAAUGGAACCAGUUCUGGAUACAGAAACAAUUUUUAGACCAUCCUAUAUUGCCAGUGUUGAGCUGCCUUUGAGAACUGGCCCAGUAAAUGUUGAAGAUAUCAAAACAAACCUCUCUGAUGAAUUUUCCUUGGCUGCUUCAAGCUUGAAUAUAAGUCAGCCGAACAGCUUUGAGUGCAAAGAACAUGUACAAGUUUGCCUUCGAAUUAGGCCUUUCACAUCUUCAGAAAAAGAACAGGAAUUUCAGGAAUGUGUUUCUAUUCAAGACUCGACUAGUGUUAUAUUGAAAGCUCCGAAGAACUCCAUGGCCUGUCGACUGAGUGAAAAAAACAUGGGGCAGAUGAUGCAGAAAUUCAUGUUUUCGCAUGUGUUUGGGCCUGAAACAACCCAGGAAGAGUUCUUUGAAGGCACAAUGAAACAACCAGUACAAGACUUCUUGGAAGGACACAGUCGUCUUAUUUUCACUUAUGGUGUAACAAAUGCUGGAAAAACUUACACGUUCCAAGGGACAGAAGAUGAUGUUGGUAUCCUGCCAAGAACCAUGGAUAUGCUGUUUAAAAGAGUUCAUGGUAAAAUGUAUCCAGAAAUGGAUCUCAAGCCCCAUAGAUGUAGAGAUUAUAUAAAGCUGACUAAAGAACAAAUGAAAGAAGAAAUUGCUUUUAAAAAUUCAAUUCUUCGUCUAACAAAAGAGGUAGAUUCUCAGAACAGCAUAAACAGCAAUUGCAGCAAGACUUCAGACGAAUCUGUAGACUUGGAAGAAAUCAUACAAGAAUCUGAACAAUCUAUCACAACUGAAGGAAGCCACGUGAAAUUCUCUCUUUGGGUUUCCUUUUGUGAGAUUUACAAUGAGUGCAUUUAUGACUUACUGUUCCCAAUAACAAAUGACAAGAAAAGAAAGUUGUUGCGUCUUGCUCAAGAUAUCAAAGGCUGCUCAUAUGUGAGAGAUCUGCAGUGGGUCCAGAUUUCUAAUGCAAAAGAAGCUUUUAGACUUCUGAAGUUGGGAUUGAAACACCAGAGCAUUGCUUGCACAAAACUGAAUACUUGCUCCAGCAGAAGUCACAGCAUAUUCACUAUUAAAAUAUUAAGGAUUGAAGAUUCUGAAAAACCUCUUGUAACGCAAGUCAGUGAAUUAGUACUCUGUGAUCUUGCUGGCUCAGAAAGAUGUACCAAGACACGUAAUGAGGGUGAUCGAUUGAAAGAGAGUGGAAACAUUAACACUUCUCUGCUGAUUCUAGGAAAAUGCAUUAAUGCACUCAAGAACAGUCAACAAUCGAAGCUGCAGCAGCACAUACCAUUCCGGGAAAGUAAACUAACUCACUUCCUUCAAGGCUUCUUCAAUGGAAGAGGGAAGGUACAUAUGAUUGUCAACAUAAGCCAGUGUGCUUCUGCCUAUGAUGAAACCCUCAAUGUACUGAAGUUCUCAGCAGUUGCACAAAAAAUUUUAGUUCUAGACUCUUAUAAUCCUCCCCAAGAGCAGUCAUUUGGCCAGAAGUCUGUCAGAGAAGCGCCAUUUGUAAGUGAUACCAACACUAAAAUGCAAGUAGCAAGAAAAAGAGCCACUAUAUUCUGGGACAGAAGCCUGGAAGAUGUGAUGGAGGAUGAUGAUUGCAUUAUGCAUGAUAAUGAGACACAGGCAGAAGAAGAAAUGGUAAAAGAGAUGCCAAAGGCAGAGGAAGAGCGUGAUAAGUCAGUAGAGAUGCCAAAGGAGAAGAUGGAAGACCAUGAAGGAAGUGAAAUAGUUAUUGGAAAAGAAGAGUAUCUGAGACUACUAAACAUAAUAGAAGACUUAAAAAAUAAACUGAUUUCUGAGAGAAAAGACAAAUUGCUCUUGGAAUUAAAAAUUCGUGAAGAAGUUACGCAGGAAUUCACUCAAUAUUUUGCUCAACAGGGAAAUGACUUCCGGGUGGCCCUUAAUCGUGAACGAGAGUUACUAGAGGAAACGUCUGAAAAACGCUUAGAAAUCUACAAGGAUCUUGUAAAUGAAUACGUCAAAAUACCUGAUGAAGGAGAAAAAAUAAAGGAUGCUCCUUCUAAUGAGCAAGCUGCAACUCUGGAGGAGGGCAAUAAUGUAGUUCCAAAAAGUUGUAUUUAUCUUGAGGGCAUUAUUAAUUCUUUGGAAAAUGAUGUUACUGAUAUUAAGAAGCAAGCAGAAGAAGUCCACAGCUAUAUUGUAUCCUUACAAGACCCACAGGAAGCCAUUGCAUGGCUUGAAAAACAAUUUAAAGAAGUUACUACUGAGCUAACUAAAACCAAGGAAGAGCUGACACAAAGAACUAAAGAACUUAACAUCCAAGUGGCCAAACUGAGUGAAUAUACUCAACAACUUAAUGAAACCACUGAGAAAAUGACUACAAAGAAUAAACAAAUUCAAGAGCUUAUUCACAUCACAGAGCAAAAAGAUGAUGUUAUAGCAAAACUGCAAGACUUGAUAUCCCAUUUAGAAGCUACCUUGAAAAACUAUGACAGCGACGUAACAACUAUUAAAAAAGAAAUUGCAAAAGAGAACAUCAACAAGAGAAUACAAGACGUUGAGUUAAGUGAACUUGUGGAGAAUGUAUUGGAAGUAGGAAGAAAACGCCGUUCUGAAAAUAAGCUUACUCAGGAGGAAGAGCCACCUACAAAGAGAGGUACUGUUUCUACCACCGUUCAGCAGGGAGCCCUCCAAAAAAAUAUGACUUCUAAACCAGAACAAAAGCAGAAAAUUGUAGCUCGCAGGUUUUAUCGGCUGAGGAAGAGAAAAUCUGUUGUGUCAAAUACUAAAUGGAAACUGUACGGAUGCAUUCAAAAUAAGUGUAAAGAUGAUGCGAUAGAACAAAGUAUGCUUAAAGAACUGAAACAAAACAUUUCUGAAAAAGAUGCAGAAAUGCUAGCAUUAAAGGAAAGAUAUGAGAACCUGGAAUGCCAGUUAACUGCACUUAAAGAAGAGCUUAAAAAUGAAAAAACAGAGAAGGAAGGCAUCAGUGAACAAAUGGCAGGCUUGCACCUCCAGCUAUCUAGAAAAGAAGAAAAGGUUUUCAGCUUGAGUGAAGAACUCCAACAGUCUCAGGCUAAUUAUGAGAAAAUAGUUUUUGAAUUAGAAGUACAAAAAGGUAUAAAUAAAGAACAAGAAAAAAAAAUUAAGCAAAUGACUGUAGAGAUAGAAACCACUAGCCAAAAUAUCAGAGAGAAAGCAUCACAAAUUAAAACAAUGCAGUCAAAAAUGGAGGAGGUAUGUAAGCUUGAUUUAGAAUCCCACACUGUGGAUGUUGAUCUGGUCAAUCUAAGGGACUUUUUGGAAUAUUCCCCCAAAAAUACACCUGAGAAAACUCAAAUGCAUUCCUUAUGCUUGGAUUUGCAUGUUUCUAAUACUCCAGAUCUAGGGCAAGAAAGCUCUUUCUACUGCAGUGUUGAAGGCAUUUGGGAAGAGUGCAGGAAGAUUAUUGAGAUUUCUUCCCAAAAGAGUCAUAAGAUCAAAGAACUGCUUCAGCAGGUUGAAUAUUUACAAAAGCAAGUCAGUGAUGCUGGGAAUGAGAACAGUCAACUAAAACUGAAAUUGAAUGAGAUUACAAAUCAAGGUAAUCUGUUCUUAAAGGAAAAAGACAUCCUUGUUGAUCAAUUACGGGAACAAUUGCAAGAAAAUACCCUUGAUUCUGAAAAACAUAUAGUUGAGCGCUGCAGAACAAUUACGUGUCUUGAAAAACAAAUUUCCGACUACAAAACAAAAAUAAAAGAGCUUGAAAGCCUCUUAGAAGUUUAUAGGGCAAAGGAUGAUAAUGCAGCCACUUUAAAAAAUAUGCUUAAAAAAAAGGAUUCUGUUAUUUUAAAGAUAGAAAGUAAUGUGAGAGAUCUGGAAGAGAAAUGUAAGAAUUCAGAUAAAAAGAUCAAAGAAUUAAAUGAUCAGGAAAUAAAACUGAAGGAGGAAGUCUUGCAGUUGAAGGAUAACUUGAAAACAACUGAACAGUCACUUCAAGAAAAGAAGAGAGAAGAUGAAAGAAAAAAAGAAGCCACAGAACAGUUGAGUAAAGACCUCUCUGAGAGUUCUUCUGUCAUACAGCAUCUAAAUGUAGAUCUCCAAAGGAAAGAUGAGGAAUAUGCAGACCUGAAAGAGAAGUUAGCAGAUGCCAAGAAACAAAUUCAGCAAGUACAAAAAGAGGUGUGCACAAUGCGCUCAGAGGAGAACUCUCUGAGGAACAAAGUUAAUGAACUUGAGAAAACUAAAAACCGGUUGGUUGAUGAAUUAGACAUCAAACAGCGAACAAUCCAGCAACUUAAGGAGCAGUUGAAUAAUGAGAAGAUGGAAGAAAUUUUGAAGCAAUAUGAUAAUGCAUGUAAAGAUUUGUGUGCAAAAAAGAAAAUAAUUGAAGACAUGAGAUUGACAUUAAAGGAGCAGGAAGAGACUCAAAUGGAGCAAGACCAAGUGCUUGAGGCCAAAUUAGAAGAGAAUAAGAGAUUAGUUUCUGAAUUGGAAGAAUGGAAGCAAAAAUAUAAAGAGCUGGAGAAGCAGAGCAGUGGUAACCAACAAAUAAUAAGCAAAUAUGAAGAGGAAAGUAUAGAUGUUAGAGGAGAACAAAUAAAGCUGCAAGAAAGGCUGAAGGAAUCCGAAGAAAAAUAUAAAGCUGAUAGAAAGAAAUGGUUAGAAGAAAAAAUGGAACUCAUAACUCAAGUAAAAGAAGCCGAGAAUAACCGUAACAAGGAGAUGAGAAGAUUUGCUGAAGACCGAGAACGUUAUGUAAACCAACAAACAGAAAUGGAAAGGCUUACUGCACAGCUGGCGGAAAAGGAUAACAACCUUCAAAAGUGGCGUGAAGAGAAAGAUCAGGUAGUAAAAGCUUUGGAAGUGCAGCUUAAAACUCUGUCUUUUAACAAUGUACAGAAAGAUAAAGAAAUAGAGGAACUGAAGCAGACUACGUUAAAAGGUUCAGGGAAGGAGUAUGAAAUUGCAAUAGAGCAAUUAAGAAGAGAAUUGGCUGAGAGGCAUGAUUUGAUAAAUAAGCUAAAGCAACCUACUUGUGAGUAUGAAAUUGCAAUAGAGCAAUUAAGAAGAGAAUUGGCUGAGAGGCAUGAUUUGAUAAAUAAGCUAAAGCAACCUACUUGUCAUGAAAAUCCUAAAUCUGGAAGGGUAUCAUUUGUACCUAAACAAAGAUUAAGUAAAAUAGAUGAAUCCUCCCACAGUCAACAGAAAAAAGAAGGGAAUAACCGGGUAACUGGGCAGUGUGUUCCAGUGAAGGAGAAUGAAGUUAAAGAAAAGAGUUUGUUACACUGUACUAGCAACACCUCUUCAUUAAAUGAAAUUGAGGACCACUCAGACACUGUCCUGGACUCUUCUGAAGUGUCUACAGAAAAUGGACAAACUAGCAGGUUUCCUAAACCUGAGAUGGAGAUCAAGUUCACACCUCUACAGCCUAAUAAGAUGGAAGUGAAACACCAGGGCAGUGCUUUACCAGUGACUGUUAAAAUGUCCAAGGCAAGAAGGAAAAGGAAGAGUGAUGAGAUGGAUGAGGACUCUGUGAAACAGGUAAACAAGAAAAAUACCACAUCUAUGACUAAUAAUUGGUUGCCUACAAGUUCCAAUUCUGCUACAAUCAACAAGAUGAAAAUGGUAUCUAAUUCACAAUCAUUUAGAAAGGAAUACCCUUUAAGAAACCAACAAUCUACUGCAAGUAUGAAAUCUACUAGGAAAAAAGAUGGAACCUUACAAAAGCUUGGAGAUUUCCUUCAAAGUUCUCCUACAAUUAUUCAUUCCAAAGCAAAGAAGUUGAUUAAAACGAUAAGCUCUCCCAAAUCUGCACAAAUGGAAAAUCACAAAGAAAAUCAGCUCAAGCCAAAACAAACCAAGCGAAGGCUCUACUCAGCUGCCAUUUCCUCUCCUUUAGAUAUUCCUGGUCACGUGAUUGUUCUGGAUCAGAAGAAAAAGGAAAGUGAUCACUUAAUCAUGAAGCGACGGCUGCGAACAAAAACUGCAAAAUAGUCUUAUAGAAGCAUGUUCAUAUGAUUUCUCAUCAGAGUAUAUGUCUCCUCUGAUGUUACUGUAUAGCAUAACUAUUGCAAUGACUGUAUGCAGAUCUCUUUUUUUAAAAAAAAAUGUAGUAUAUGGUGAAGUAAUUAGGACUUAAUAGGUUCAAGAUUUUAAGCCUACAAAGAUUAAAUGUAAUUCAAGAAAGCUUGUGUCUAAAACCUCUUGAAGUUUCUCGGCAUUUUAAAUGUUCAUGAAUGUCUCUCAGCUGGUGAGAAUGACUUGUGUGUAUUUCAAGAGAAUUGCUUUAGUUUUUAACUUAGCAUAAGUUAAGGUACUUAGUAACUGAGCAAAAAAAGAAACCUGUUGCCUUAAAUUAUUUUCAGAGGUUUGAAAACAUGCUUAGAAAUGUAUCAAAGAUCAGCUGAAUGAAAUGGAAGAAACAGAGAUGGGUUUCCUUCGUCUUUUAUCAUCGUUGUCCUUAGCUUCUAUUCAGUCUUCUGAAAAUAGACUAUUUAUAAAGCCUGAUAUUUUUGCUUCAAGAAGCCUAAUACUUCCACUCUUGAAUCACUGGCUUUGAGCUAGUCACUUGGCAGCAUCAUCUAUUCCUCCAGGACAUUUCUGCUCAGAUGGAACAUUUUGCUUACAACAAAGCUUGCUUUUUACCAAAGACAAUUCACAGAAAUAAUUGUACCGCUGAGUAGGCAUCCCUCUGGUUUUCAUCCCUAUACCAUUUAACUAGCUCACAACAGCAAAUUAAUUAUGUGACAACAAUGAGUUCUGUCUUGUCCCACCUUGUGAAAUAGAGAAGUGUAAGCAUCCUCAUUUUACAGAGAGAACUGAAAUAAUUUUCCCCAGAAAGUCAGUGGUUUAAUGUGAGUCUGUAGCCUAGCAAUCCUGAUGCGUGUUUUGGCCUCCCGUCUACACAGCUUUCCUGUUGGUUGACUGUCUUUUCUGAAACAAAUGUUCAUAUUCUUUAUCCUUCUGGGGUAACUGCUGUACUUUGUAUGAUCAUUUCAAGAUGACUAGGUGCACUGCUUUCUUGCUGAGGUGAUAUAUAGGCAGCAGUAAUUCUGGUAUCCAUUCUGCAAAUCCUGUAACACAGCUGUGUCCAUUUUGGCUAAUCCUGGACAAUAUUAAUUGAAUUUUGCUUAGGGAGUUAAAUCACUACAAUAGUUACUUUUAAAUUGUGGUCACAUUAUCCACUACUUAAUCUUUUCCUUUUCACUCCUCUUUAUAUUGGAGUACUUUAUAGACAAUUUUAAUAACAUCUCUGGAUUUAAUGGAAAACAGGCAGUAUAAAUUUACUGUGUCAUUCAAAUACCCUACACUUCUAUACUUGUUCAGCUACUAAAGGAUUUCAUAAUUUUUAUUAACCUUACAUAUGUUUUGGUCCUUGAGGUUGAAGGCUCUAUAGUGCAUAAUAAGGAACAAAGUUUUUAUGACCAAUAUUGGCUCUUUCUACAAUGGGUGUGUGUACAAGUAAGUCUAUUAACUGCAGCUGAGAGUUCCAUCCGAGUGGAUUUGAAGUAGUCAUCUUGGCUACAAUUUUCAAAAAUACUUAAAUGACUUAGGAGCCUAAGUCUUGUGAAUGGUCAGCAGGACCUGGGCUCCUUCACUGUCACCUUGUUCAAUUUUCAAAUAAGUAGUUUUGUGCUUUUUCCCACGUGUGGAAGAGCUUCCUGUAAAUAUUUGUGAUGCCAUUUCUUUGUUCUCCAUCAGAGCUCUCUUUACAACUUUCCUUUGACAUGGUUACUAAAAAUUUGACAACUGUUAGCAUGCUGAAACUACUAUUGUGCUGACUGAUACUGUUACCUUGCACUUCCCUGCAUUUCCCUACUGUACCUUCCUUGUACUUUUGAUGAUAAGCUCUUUAUAGCAGGAGGAACUUUGUUUCUUUGUGUUUAGACAGCACAUAGCAAGUCAGAAUUCUGGACCAUGACUAGUGUUCCUGGGUGCUGUGC